UGGAAGCUCAUCAGCAAAUCCCAGAUAAAGUUAAAAAUGAAGACCUGGAAGAAAACAUCACGAAUCGAGGAAGACCGAUGAGAAAGAAUGUCGCUCAUAUGGUUGAGAAGAGAGAUGGAAGACCGCGUAAUGUAGAUAGUCCAAAGAGCAGGAUAAUAAAAGCAAGUAACUCCAUUGAAUGCUCAGAGUGUGGAAAGAGAUUUGGUGUGAGGCGGAAUCUUAAACAGCAUCGCAGAACCAACGCAGGGAGGAAACCUUUUGAAUAUUCAGUGUGCGGAAAGAGAUGCUGUGUGAGUGGGAAUCUUCAAAAGCAUCUGACAAACCACACAGGGAAGAAACCUUUCGGAUGUUCAGCAUGCAGAAAGAGAUUCAGUUGGAGAGGCCAUCUUCAACUUCAUCGACGAAUGCACAGAGGGGAGAAGCCUUUUGAAUGCUCAGAGUGUGGAAAGAGAUACAGUCAGAGAGGACAUCUUCAAUGGCAUCAGAGAACCCACACAGGGGAGAAACCUUUUGAAUGCUCAGAGUGUGGAAAGAGAUUCAGUCACAGUAGCAAUCUUCAAGUGCAUCAGAGAACCCACACAGGGGAGAAACCUUUUGAAUGCUCAGAGUGUGGAAAGAGAUUCAGUCAGAGUGCCAAUCUUCAAUGGCAUCAGAGAACCCACACAGGGGAGAAACCUUUUGAAUGUUCAGAGUGUGGAAAGAGAUUCAGUCAUAAUAGCGGUCUUCAAGUGCAUCAGAGAACCCACACAGGGGAGAAACCUUUUGAAUGCUCAGAGUGUGGGAAGAGAUUCAGUCAGAGUACCAAUCUUCAAUGGCAUCAGAGAACCCACACAGGGGAGAAACCUUUUGAAUGCUCAGAGUGUGGAAAGAGAUUCAGUCGGAGUGACCAUCUUCAGGGGCAUCAGAGAACCCAUACAGGGGAGAAACCUUUUGAAUGCUCAGAGUGUGGAAAGAGAUUCAGUCACAAUAACAAUCUUCAAGUGCAUCAGAGAACCCAUACAGGGGAGAAACCUUUUGAAUGCUCAGAGUGCGGAAAGAGAUUCCGUUACAGUGGCCAUCUUCAAGGGCAUCGAAGAACCCACACAGGGGAGAAACCUUUUGAAUGCCCAGAAUGUGGAAAGCGAUUCAGUCAGAGUAGCAGUCUUCAGCUGCAUCAGAGAACCCACACAGCGGAGAAACCUUUUGAAUGCUCAGAGUGUGGAAAGAGAUUCAGUCACAGUAGCUAUCUUCAAGUGCAUCAGAGAACCCACACAGGGGAGAAACCUUUUGAAUGCUCAGAGUGUGGAAAGAGAUUCAGUGUGAGUAGCAGUCUUCAACUGCAUCAGAGAACCCACACAGGGGAGAAACCUUUUGAAUGCUCAGAGUGUGGAAAGAGAUUCAGUCACAGUAGCUAUCUUCAAGUGCAUCAGAGAACCCACACAGGGGAGAAACCUUUUGAAUGCUCAGAGUGUGGAAAGAGAUUCAGUCACCGUGGCAAUCUUCAAUGGCAUCAGAGAACCCACACAGGGGAGAAACCUUUUGAAUGCCCAGAAUGUGGAAAGCGAUUCAGUCAGAGUAGCAGUCUUCAGCUGCAUCAGAGAACCCACACAGCGGAGAAACCUUUUGAAUGCUCAGAGUGUGGAAAGAGAUUCAGUCACAGUAGCUAUCUUCAAGUGCAUCAGAGAACCCACACAGGGGAGAAACCUUUUGAAUGCUCAGAGUGUGGAAAGAGAUUCAGUCACCGUAGCAGUCUUCAAGUGCAUCAGAGAAGUUCCGGUCACGGCGGCGCGAAUGGCGACCGGUUCUUGGGACGCUCCCGGAGCCAGAUCGCCCACGCGCAGUUUGGGGGGGGGUCCAGCGUAAGUGGAGAUCCUAAGGAGCCUCAGUGAAAAGGCUCCGAACCA